AUGGGCUGUACCACAGGCCACCUGGCUUGCCAACCACAGCCCCAGACCUCGGGGCAGGAGGGUCAGUCCCUGGAAGCUGGUGGUGCCAAAGUCCCAGACGUGCUCUCCUCCUUGGAGCGUCUGUCCCAGGCCACUGGAGGCAUGGAGAAGUCCUGGUACCGCUGCAUCUUUCCCUUUGGAAUCAUCUCGUUGGUGAUUGGUGUAGCAGGUACAGGAGUGACCUACACCUAUAAUGACCUGCCUCAAACCAAAGUGGUGUCAGUGGUUCUACUUGUCAUGGGGGUUUUACUGUUGCUGAUGGCCACUGCAUGUUGGACUGUGCACAAGAAGAAGAGAAGGAAAAAGAAAGAGGGAGGCUCAUUCACCUCCGAGCAGUGUCCCCUGUGAAGCACAUAGGGGAAACAGUUAUAAGAACUUGACAG